AUGAAAAAUACUUUCAAAGAUAAAUAUAUUUAUAUUUUAUCUCUUGAUGAAAUUCAAAGAGAAAAAUGUAAAUCAUUUGUAAUAUAUAAAAAAGGAAAAUUAGAAAAAAGAUUUUCAAAAAAAGUUGAUAUUAUUAUUACAACUUUAAAAACUAUAAAUGAAAAUAAAUUUCCAAUUUCAACAGCAAAGAAAUUAGAGACAGAACUCGUUGAAUAUGAUAGUAUUUCUAAAGAUGUAGAAAGAUACUCUAGAAAAACAAAUAUUAAAUUUGCUGAUCAACAACCACUUCCACAAUCAUCAUCACAAAUUACAACACUAGCAACAACUAAUAAUAAAAUUGUUAAAGUAAACCCAAACUUGGUUCAGCCCCAACCAGCUGCAGUAAAUGAUCCAACUAUAACAUUAAUUAUACCACCAUCUGGACCUUCAUAUGGCGGUUACCAAAUAUCAAUUUAUGGUAUAUCAUUUGCACCAGGACCAUCAUUUAGAGUUAGAUUUGGUGAUAAUAUAUUUGCUACAAAUUAUGAAUUUCAUUCAAAUUCGUCAGUACUUUGUACAGUUCCAUAUGGUAUUAAUCCCUCUAUAGGUCAAGUUCCAGUAUAUGCAUCAAAUGAUGGUAAACAAUUUGGUUAUCCAAUUCACUUUUUAUUUUUCGAUGGAAAUAUUCACAAAAUACCAACUCCAAAAGAACAAGAUGGUGUUGUUUUAAGAUGUCAAUUAGAGAAUUUAAAGAGAGCCAUUACAAACAUCUCAAAUAUGGAAUCAAUUUUAUUAAAGAGAUUAGCCAACUUGAAUGACGAUAGAUUGGAUCAACUUUAUAUUACAAACCAUGAAAGUGGUGCCUCUCAACUACUUGAAGGCCAUGAUGGUUUAAUGGAUGAUUGUUCAGAGUACUCUAGUCGUCCAUCUACCAACGAUGACGACGACAACGAUCUUUCUGAUGAUGAUUCAGAUGAAGAUUUAAUUUCAUCCAAUUCAUCAAUCAACAGAGAAGAGUUUGCCGAAAGAGAAAUUAGAAUUUUCAUUUCAUCUCCAUUCAAAGAUAUGAAAUUCGAUCGUGACCAAAUUGUUAAAGUUGUUAUUCCAAAGAUUAGAAAGCUUUGCAUCGAAAGGGAUAUUAUGAUUAGCUACGUCGAUCUUAGAUGGGGUGUAACCAGCAAUCAAUCCGAACAAUCCAACAGUCUAUCAAUGUGCUUAAAAGAAUUAGAAAAAUGUAAUGUUUUAAUCGGUCUUUUUGGUGAAAGAUAUGGUUGGUCAGCCCAAGAAAAAUCAGAUCCAAAGACUCAACAAUUAUUGGUUUCAACAUUAGACCAUGCCAUCAAUGAUUUCCCAUGGGUUAAUAAAUUUAGAGAUGCAAGUAUGACUGAAAUUGAAUUCCGUAUGCUUUUAAACAAUCCAAACUCUGGUAAAAAUGGUUUCUUUUAUUUCCGUGAUCCAUACUACAUCGAAGAACUCCCACAAAUCGAAAAGAAUAAUUAUGUUUCAGAAGGUCCACGUUCAAAAGAAAAAUUAGAUAAAUUAAAACAAGAAAUUACUAAAAAUCAACAAUUCAAAUCAUCUGAAUAUAGACGUCCAACCAAUCUUUCUGAUGUUCUUUAUGAAGAUUUAGAAAAGUUUAUUGACAAGAAAUUCCCAUCUGGUAACUGUGAAUUAAAAGGUUUUGAAAAAGAACGUUUCCUUCAUUCAAUCUUUUAUAAGAGUCUUAUUAAAUUCUAUAUAACCAACGAAACUUAUUUCAUGGAUAUCGACACUUUUAUUACCACCUCAAAGAAACAAGUAUUAUUAGUUCAAGGUGACAGUGGUAUUGGCAAAAGUUCAUUAAUGUGCAAUUGGUUAAAGCAACACAAAGAGCAACAUCCAGAAGAUUUUUCAAUUUCUCAUUGGGUCGGUGCAUCACCAUCUUCAAACAAAUUUACAAGUACAUUGAUUAGAGUAAUGCACGAACUUAAGCAUUUAAUUGAAAAGGAUCAAAAGCUUUCAAGUAGCGGCGGUGCUUCAGUUUUUUCAUCAUCUGCUUCAUCAUCGUCAUGGGUACCAGAGAUUCCAGAUGAAACUCUCGAAAGUGAAAAGAUUUCUCACGAAUUUACAUUAUUUAUUCAAUAUAUAAUGUCCCAUCCAACAAUGAACGGUAAAAGAGUUAUUGUUUUAAUUGAUGGUUUAGAUAAAAUGGAUCAAAGAGAUAAUAGUCAAGAGUUAAUUUGGUUCCCAAAAAUCUACCCACAAGGAUUCAAGAUGAUCGUUUCAACUACCAAUAGCACCAGACAAGCUGAAAUUUUAAAAAAGAGAAACUCCUCCAUUAUCAAUAUUCAACCAUUCAGCGAACCAGAAAGAAAAUCCAUGGUACGUUUAUAUCUUCAAAAAUAUGCCAAGAAAUUAACCGAUCAACAAGAGAUCCAAAUUGCAAUUUCAAAAUCAACUUCAAACCCACGUUUCCUUCAAUUGGUAUUGGACGAUAUCUUGGUAUUUGGUGAUUAUGAAAAAUUAGACACCCGUGUUAAAACCCUCUAUAGAGCCAAAAACACAAGUAAUCUUUAUGAAAUCAUUUUGGAUCGUAUCGAAAAAGACUAUGAUCCAAAGGGUAAGGGUUUAGUCAAAGAAUUCCUUAAAUACAUUUGGGGCAGUAGAAGAGGUAUCGAAAUUUCAAUGAUGACUUCGCUUUUAAAUAAAAAGAAUAUCGACCCAGAAGAGUGGUCCUCACUUUUGGUUUUAAUGGAAAACUAUAUUAGUUAUAGCAGUGGUGUUAUCACCUUCUUAAACAAUGAUAUCGCAGAUGCCGUCGAAAGAAAGUACAUCAACAAUACCAGGGAUGUUUAUCUCGAUUUAGCUCAAGAGUACGAAGUUUCACAAGAUUUAACUGAAAGAUUUAUUGAAGAAUAUCCAUAUCAUCUCUUAAAAUCAGAAAACUGGGAAAAAUUAAAUUCAACUUUAACAAAUCUUUUCGUAUUCGAUAAGCUUUAUACACCACAUCACAAAGUCGAUUUAAUCAACUAUUGGAAUGUACUCGAGAAACAAACCAAACCACCAAGAAAUGCUGCUGAAAGAGAUGACCCAAUCCCAUAUAAAUGUUCAAGCGAGUUCCAAGCCGUUGUAUCUCGUUCAUUCAUACAAGCUUCUGGUUUAGUAAUUUCUGACCUUUGGUAUAGAGUAGCUUCAUUCAUGGAAGAAAUAUCUCAAUAUGAUGGUUCUGAAUCUUUCUACACCAAAUGUCGUGAACUUUAUGUUAAUAACUCUCAAAAUCUCGAAGCUGCCAAGGUUGACCGUGCUAUGGGUAGAAUGUAUCUUACCAAAGGUCAAUAUGAAAAAUCAGAAGCCAAAUUUAAAGCUGCUCUCGCUAUUUAUACCAAAGAAAGAGGUGAAGAAGAUAUCGAAGUUGCUAUUACUCUUAAUUUGUUAGGUACUUUGGCUACAAAUAGAAACAAACAUGAAGAUGCCAAGAAAGUUUUAUAUCAAGCAAUGAAUAUUUGUGAAAAUAAAUAUGAAAGCAAUAGUUUGUUGGUUGCAGAUGUAGCCUAUAGUCUUGGUGUUGUUCACUUUGUAGAAGAAGCUAGAAAACUUGAUGUCGCAGAACAAUUCUUUGCAAGAGCCUUAGAAUUAACCGAGCUUAAAUUGGGUGAUAAUGAUGUUUCAUAUGCCCGUAUCCUUACACGUCUUGGUUCUCUUUACAUUGAAAAGGAUCAAUUUAGCGAUGCUGAAUCAUGCUUUAAAGGUUCACUUAAAAUUUAUGAAUCAAACUUUGGUUUAUCGCAUUCUAGAGUUGCUCAAAUUUUACGUCAUAUGAUCAGUCUUUAUGAAAUGCAAGAAGAAUAUAAAAAAGCUGAACAAUGUGCUACCAGAGCCAUUGAUAUCACUAAAAAGAUUUUUGGUUCAAAUCAUCAAAUUGUAUUAUCAACUCAAAUUCGUCUUGCUAUUAUAUUAAAUACUGUAAAGAGAAAGCAAGAAGCUUUACAAAUUCUUUUCGACAUUAAAUCAAUUAGAGAAAAAGAAUGUGGUGUCGAACACAAAGAUUAUAAACAUAUUUUAGAUGUUAUCAAAGAGAUUGAAAAAGUACCAAUUCCAUUACCACCACCACCACCACCACCAAUGUUUGGUACUAUACCAAUACCAUUACCACUCAGUAGCCAACCACCUAAACCAGUAGUUAAACUUGGUGCCAAUGGUAUUCCAUUACCACCACCACCACCACCACCAAUUUUACCAGUUAAUAGACCAAGUCUUCAAAGUAUAAUGAGAAAUUCAGUUGGUAAGAUUAAUCAAGCUCAACCAGUUGCAGUUAAUCAAGCUCAACCACCAUCACCACGUAGACAACAACAACAGCAAUUACAACAACAACAACAACAACAAGUUCAACAAAUUAGACAACAAAAUAUCAAUCAAUUACAACAACAACAACAACAACAACUACCACAACAACAAAUGAAUCGUAACAUUGCACCACCACAACAACAGCAACAAAUGAAUCGUAACAUUACACCACAACAAUUACAACAAAAUAUUCAAUUACAAGAAGCCUAUGUAGGUGAUCAAUUGGCCCAAUUCAAUAUUAAUGUUCUUAAAAAGGUUGCUGUUAAUGAUAGAUCAGGUGCCUCCGCAAUGGUUAGUAAUCUUAUUGGUAAAAAGAAAUGUAGUAAACCUCAACCAAUAUCUCAAAAAUCCUAUAUGACAGAGUCAAAUGAUGAUAUGGGUGGUUUAUUUGAUUAG